GCCCGCGCUGCGAGUUUGGGCUACACGUUUAGCUAGAAUUGUCACUUUUAGCGUCACUAAAUCCAACAGAAUACCUUUCAAGAGAUAACAUUUGUUGAGGUGGAUACAUUUUACACAGAGAACAGUUUAAACACGAGUAUUUUUCCGACAUUGUUAUAAACGUGUCUUUUUAAACGUCAGGUCAGGUGUCGGUGUUCAGAUGAGUGACGCCGCAACAGGAGGGAAGGAGGAGGAGGAGGAGGAGGAGGAGGAGGAGGAGAGGGGAGCAGUGGACGUGAGUAUUACCAUGCCAAUGUACAAUGCAUCCUGUUGGCUGGAUGAAUGUCUGCAGGCCAUAUUACACCAAGACUUCACUGGAACCAUGGAGCUCUCUGUCUUUGACGACGCAAGCACUGAUGACUCCAGGAAAGUGGUCGAGGGUUGGAGGGAGAGGCUGGAGGCGAGGGGCAUCUCAGUUGUGAUCUCUGGCCACAACUCUGCCCAACCCAGAGGAGUGGGAUAUGCAAAGAAUAGGGCAAUAACUCAGAGCUGUGGACAAUACUUGUGCUUUCAGGAUGCGGAUGACGCAAUGUUGCCCCAAAGAGUUUGUCUGCAGUAUGAGGCAUCUGUCCUCCACCCAAACUCUCUGAUUGGCUGUGAAGUUCAGAGGGUUCCAGAGGGAUCGACUGAGCGUUACACUCGCUGGAUCAACACAAUCACUCAGGAUCAGCUCAUCACACAGGUGUACACGUCUCACGGGCCCACAGUCAUCAUGCCGACAUGGUUCUGCUCAAGGAACUGGUACCUGAAGGUUGGACCAUUUGAUGAGGGAGGCAAGGGAGUCCCAGAGGACCUGCUCUUCUUCUACCAGAGUCUUCGUCUGGGAGGGGGCGUGGCCAGGGUGGAUCAGUGCCUGCUGGUGUACCGUUACCAUGAGAAGGCCGCCACACACUCUGUAACAGAGGAAACCAUUUGGAAGCUGCGAGUGGACUUCCUGCAGGAGCGAGUUCUCAGCCAAUGGGAGAGUUUCACCAUAUGGAACGCCGGGAAACAGGGCCGUAAACUGUACCGAAGCCUGAGCCCGACCAAUCAGGAGAAGGUAAAGGCUUUCUGUGACGUCGAUGAGAACAAGAUCCAGAAAGGCUUUUACACAUAUGAGGAAUCCAAGCAAAGACCUAAGCCAAGAAUCCCAGUUCUGCACUACAAAGACGCCUCGGCUCCCUUCAUUAUCUGUGUUAAACUGGACAUGACAGGAGGCGUUCUGGAGGAAAACCUCAACUCUCUGCAGCUGAAGGAAGGAACAGAUUUCUACCAUUUCAACUGACAGCUCAGACUGACGGAGGCAACUAGAGGAGCCCUGCAGCUUUAACAGGCUAAGAGGAACUCACACAAACUGAGGGAGAGGCAGGUGAUAAUAAGGAGUGAACUUAACACUGGGGAAGGGUCAAUGACAUCACCAAGACCAGGGAAAGAUAGUUAUUAUGUAUUUUACUUGUUCAAUAUGCUUUUUGUGUUGGAAACAAUGACAAUUGAAAGUUCUCAUAGUUGAAAGAUCUGCUGAUGAUGCACAACAGUACAUCUAAAGCUUCGUUUCCUCCGCCUCACAUCUGAACAACAACACUGGGAUGGUUGUUAGUUUUUAGUGAUGCGCAGGUCGCAGUUAUAUCCAUGGGCACCCUUACUAAUCCGCUCAAUGGACGGGUCAUAAACAUGAACAUUCAUUUUAAUACAGAUGGGUUUCGGUAUGUGAAAUAAUACAUCAUUAAUGAGUAAAAUAGGAAUUACAUUCUCUAAAAAGAGAAAUGCUGUACGCAUUUAACUAUGAGGAACAGAAGCGUAACUUCAUUGAUAAUUUCAGAAGCUAAAUCUUUGGUUUCUAUUUCCUUUGUUCAUAUGUCUCAUGAUAUUCGCUGCAGUGACAUUAUUACAUGCAUGGAAACGUUAACAAUAACUGAGAGCAGCCUCUCUAAUCAUUAAAGUAAAUCGUUAAAGAAAACAUACAUCAUAUGAAAUGAAAUGUCCAUGUGUGUGCCGGUCUCUAAAUCUGAAAACAAUUCAUUCGGAUGGUGGGUGGACGAUUAAUGCAUACACAUGGAUUCAUAUCACAUCAGAGCCAAUCCACACAUCUCUAUUAGUUAUUGUUGUUAGAUGAGCAUGGAAACAGAUAGUCUGGCUCUGUCCAAUGGUAACAAAAUACAGCAACCAUUUCCUCUAAAACUCCCAUAAAAAAGGAAUUUUAAAUAUAUCAAUAUGUGGGUUGUUUUGCUGAACUAUUUUGUUGAUGUGGGUUCACAGUUACUCAAGGUUUUUGUUCAUUUUUACACUCUGAUUUUUGUGCGACUCAAACAAACUAGAUUUAAAAUGUUAAUUAGAGAGCUUUAGAGGUAGUGGUAUGGAGAUUUUUGAAUUUUACAUUGAGGCUAGUCGUUUCCAGUCUUUGUGCUAACAUAAACUAAACAUUCCCUAGCCGUAUCUCUUUAUCUUCUUGUCAAAUUAAAUGCAGGAAAGAGAAUAUUGGUUUCUCCCAAAACAUCAAACUAUUGCUUGUAAAAGUUUGAACACCAUUGUUUAACCUGACCUGGAGUGGAAAGAAAGAAAAAGUGGAAGGAUGAUUUUGUAAUUGAAUUACAAAGAACAUAUAUUACAGAUAUUUAUUAUGCAAGAAGACAUGACU